AUGCCCCCUUCUACUGAAGGGCUCACCAGGCAGGGCGUGGGUGAUGCCAGCCCAUUCUCUGUGCACCAGCACUCUCUGGAUGGGAUGGCCAGGAGGGCCGUGGCUGGGCCCAAGGGGGAAGUGCUGCUCUUUGUGCUGGGGUCCCUUAUCUCUUCCCCACAUGGCGUGGGCAUCUCCCCCCAGACUGGCUGCCUGGAGGAAGCUCAGCCCCUGCAGUGUGUCGAGACUGCUGAGCAGGAGGAGCCAGGCCGGGCAGGCGCGGGAGUGACAGCAUCACCCCCAGAGGAGCCCUACCAGCCGGUGCUGAAUGGAGAGAGCAACGUCCUGCAUGCAGGGCAGGUCCAGCAGCUGGCUCCCCACCUCCCGCCGAGAGUGACCGGGUACCCUUGGAACCUGCUCUACUGCACCGCCAGGGAUGGCUUUAGCCUGAAGAGCAUGUACAGGAGUAUGAACAAGCUGAGCUCUCCUGUGCUGCUGGUCAUCCGAGAUACCGACGGGCAGACGUUUGGAGCCUUCUCCUCCACCACCAUCCGACUCAGCAGCUGCUUUUAUGGGACAGGGGAGACUUUUCUCUUCUCCUUCUCCCCAGAGCUAAAGGUGUUUAAGUGGACAGGCAGCAACACUUUCUUCCUGAAAGGAGAUGCAGAUUUGCUAGUGAUUGGCGGGGGCAGUGGCAAAUUCGGCCUGUGGCUGGACGGGGACCUGUACCAUGGGGGAAGUCACCGAUGUGAGACAUUUGACAACGAAAUCCUGUCGCCCCAGGAGCAAUUCUUCAUUCGGGACUUGGAGGUUUGGGCCUUGACCUGAGCCCACCACACCGGGGCCCGUGGGAACUGACUGCUUUCGAAUGGACUCUGGCUGGGCCUGGCAGCUGUUCCUGGCACCCUUCCAGAGGGUGGAGCUUGGCCCCUCUUCCCCUUACGCACAGGG